AUGAACAAACUAAAUCUAGAAGAAUUAAUCCCAAGGAUAUUAAUUGAAAGAAAAUCAUUCCUUAACAUUACUGAGGAUUCAUUAAGGGAAGAGAUUGAAAAUGAAAACAACUCCUUUGGUGAACCUUCGCAAGAUGGAGAUGUCAUACUAGCGUCACCACCUACAACAUCAUCAUCAGAAGAACCAUUACUUGCACAAGAUGAUCCUCAAGAAAUAUUUAAUAAACAAAAAGUGGAACUUUCCAAACAGAUAAAUAGUGCUCUUAAUGAAACCUCAUUAUCAUUAGACUUUGUAUCCCUUUUAAUGGCUUCUGUGAAGCCAAAUUUAACCAGAUCAACGAUGUCCCCUCAUUUAUCUAAGUUUGUCAAACCAGGCUCUCUUAAUGCCGAUAGGCUUUCAGUUCAAGAUGCAAAUGAAGAUGAAGAGAAUCAACAUAGAGACGGAGAAAUAUCUCAUUAUAAAAAUUCAACGAAAAUCGGACAAGGCUGGAAAUUAGAAUCAUUAAAUAAAAUUACUAAUUUAUUUCGACAAUCAAGUGUUAAUUUGAAUGAACAAGUGCUUAAAGAACGAAGAUAUUGGAAUAUGAUUAAUUUGGUGUUGUCUAAUGAUGAGAUUCUUUUCCGUAUGAGGGAUCCUGUUAGUAAUGCAAGAGCAAUUGGGGUUAGAUAUGGAUAUGGUGAUUCAGGAUCAAAUUUUCAUGAUAAAGGAUUGGCAUUGCUUCGAAAGGAUACAUUAACUGGAGAUAUAUCGUUUCACCCUAUAUCAUCUUAUUCUAAAAAGAUUGUUCAAAAAGUCUAUAAAUAUAUUAGAAUUCGAAUUCUUAGUGAAAUUGAUGGUGAUUAUAUGUUAACUGGACAAUCAGUUUUUGAAUUCAAUUUUUCAAAAAGUCAACAGAAUAUUAUUAAUGAUAUUGAAAGGGCAAGAUUUUUCUUAUUUGAAGAAGAUUUAUUUUACCAAUUGACUAGAGAAGCUAAGAUUUUGAUUAAUUAUAAUGUAUCUAUAAUUUCCAAUAAGAUUAUUAUUGAGAUAAACAAUGAAAUCAUUGAAAUUGAAUCAGUGGUAUAUGAUGAAUUGAAUGACGAGGAAUUACAAAACUAUUACCAGAAUAUCAGUACUUUCUCUUCAAUUAAUAAUACAAAAUGUCAACUAUUAUUGAAUUAUCUCAAACUUAUGCUUUGUUGCUAUUAUAAGUAUAAUUUGAAAUUAAAACAAAAGGUUCCUACUUCAUUAACGAAAUGGAAACAAUUUAACUCACAUCCAUUAAUAUUACGUCCUUUAUUAGGAAAUAUGAGACAUGAAUUAAAUCUUCGAAAUAUGAGGGAGAUUCUUAAUAGACUUUUAAAAAAGUAUCAUUCUACUAUAGAGUACAAAUUGGAAAUGAAUAAAUUUACCAAUUUAAAAACAAGAUCAAGAAAUCCAUUCCAAAAAUCAAUCGAGAAGCCAGUUUCAGAAAUCCAUUUGGUGGUAAAGAAUAAUCAAGCUAAUAUUCUUAAAAUCGGAUUGGAACUAACUACCAAUGAGAUAUUUGUUAAUUUAAUUAUUAAUCUCAGUGUAAUUAGAUUCCAGAAUAAUGAUGAUUUUGAAAAGAAUAUUAAUGGGGUAAAUGUACUUCAAAUUGGAUUCAAUGAUUUCAAUGAAAUUGACGAAUGUAUAGAUUGGUCAAUUCAGAACUUUGUCAAUUAA